GUUGUCAGCAGGUUGUUUUAUAGAAGUGGACUGGCGCCAAAUAUAUUUGGCCAGCAGUUCUUACUUCAACAAGCUUUUUUGUUGAAAUUGUCAUAUUUGAAAUUAAGGACCUUCAUUUACUUUCACUUUAUGCACAAAAUUACAUUCUUCACAAAAUUUCGAAUUUUCUUCUUUAACUUUGUAUUUAGGAAAAGAAAAAAUUCUUGACAUUUCUAUGACUAAACCUUCAUUUUGUGAUGCUGUUCGCUGUUGUGUUGAAUAGUUGAAUUGAUGUCUAGUGUGGUUUGUGGCUAUAUUAUCUUAUGAAUAUAUGAGGUUUUGUAUUGUUAGAAUUUUAAACUCGAAAACAAGCAGGGGAAACCUGAAUAUUUCAACAUGCAGAGAUUACCAUAUUUGAGUGAUCCAAAAUUGAUAUCAAGGGUACAAAAUUAUUUAGAGGCAAAUGUUGACAAAAAUUAUAUUGAUAUUGGUUCAAUGGCUGAUGAGCUCCAGAGCACAUACAGAGAAUAUUCUAGAAAGAAACGUAAUGCUUUUAGAACUUCUGUUGAGAAAGCAUAUUCAGUUGUUUUGAGAAGUUAUAACCUUGCCGAUCAGAGUGAUGAUACAAGUGAAGAGAAAAUUGAAGAAGAUGUUGAUAGUGAAAAUUCUAGGGAAAGUAAUUUUCACAAAAAUUUGAUGAAUAACCAGCUGGUAGAGAUUUACAAAAGACCAACUCCUAGUAUCCCCAAGAUGAAUAUAAAUGAACUUAUUGACAUAAGUAGUGAUGAUUCGAAAGAUGAAAGUAAACUUCCUCCAGCCAAUGCUUCUAAUGGUCCAUCUACAUCAAGUAAAGCAACACGGAUAGAUCUUUCAAAUAACUUUAAAGAAAAUAUGGAGAAGAUCUCUGUACAUCAAGGAAAAAAGAGAAAACUAAUUAGACCGAAUGAAUCGAAUAAAAAAAGAAAAAUAGAACCCAAUAUUCCUGAAGUAAAUUUAGAAGAUAUUCUAGGAAUAGAUAGCAUUGUCAACGAAUUAAAGGUUGAAUUACUUUUUCACCUUAAAUUUCCUGAAUACUAUGAUUUUGAAAAGAAGCGGAAACCUCUCAGGACAUUUUUACUGCAUGGGCCAAGUGGUUCAGGGAAAUCCUUUUUAGGGAAUGCAAUUGCUGGUCAUUUAAAUUUUCCUAUUAUAACAUUCAUGCUUUCAAAGCAUGAAUCUGAUAAUGAUAAGUCUAUAACAGACAUGUUUAGAGACGCUCGUUGUGCAGCUCCGGCUGUUCUUUUAUUAGAAAAGAUUGAUAAUGUACUGAAUGACCUGCCAGGGAGUGUCAAAAGUAGUAGCAUUUCAGAUGUGAUUAUUGAAUGUUUAGAAGAACUUAAAAAAAGUGAUGAUCGGUUAUUGGUUAUUGCCACUGCUGAAAAUAUCAAUUCCAUCAAGCCAUCAGUAUUGAGACACUUCUCAAAUAAAAUAAGAUUAACUUUACCAGAUGCGGAAAAUCGAAUAAAAAUAUUAAAAGCCUACACGUCAGGGUGGAAUUUCAAACCAGACUUUGAUUGGAAUCGCAUUUCAUACGUAACUCCAGGAUAUUGUGCUGCAGAUCUUGAAGAAAUGGUUGAUAUUGCAUGGCAGAAAAGUUUGACUAAUGUUGUUCAGGAAGAUUACAUUCAUUUUAUUGAAAAGGAUAAAAAAGAAAUUGUAAUUGCAGAAGAUCUAAACUCACAAAAAAUUGAACCUGACAUAAUUGUUGAUGAUGAUUCAAAAGAGACAUCUGAUAAGGAUAGAGGUAAUUCCAUUCAAAAUGAUAAUAUGGUUUUGGUCAUUGAAGACGAAAAUAGCAAGCAAGAAGAAAUAGAUAUUUCUUCUUUAGGUGUGUCAGCUGAAGCGAAGGAUGAAGAAAUGAGGGAACCUAGCCCUGAAAGAGAAACUCAUGAGGUUUCUGAACAGAAAAAAGCCUAUGAUACAUCAAUUCUUGAAAAAAUUGGACACCAGAAAGCCAGAUGUGAAAUAGUAAUGACGGAAGAGGAUUUUCUCCAAGCAGCCAAAAAAAUACAGUCUAUGUCAAUUAAAAAAGGUGUAAUAAAAGUUCCAAUUGCAUGUUGGGACGAUAUAGGUGCUCUGCAAGAUGUUAGAGCUAUUGUAGAAAAAAUAUUUUUAAAACCCAUUAAGAUGAGGAAGCAAUAUAGUGAAAUGAAAUUCGAGUUUCGUGGAGGUCUUCUGCUCUGUGGUCCUCCAGGAUGUGGAAAAACAUUGCUUGCUAAGGUUCUUGCUAGCGAGGCACAUUUGAACUUUUUCUCUGUUAAGGGACCUCAAUUCAUGAACAAGUAUGUUGGUGAAAGUGAGAGGUUCAUUAGGGAUUGCUUUGAAGAUGCAAGACAGAGUGCACCAUCUGUAAUAUUUUUUGAUGAAAUUGAUGCAUUAUGCCCGAAGAGGCAAGGUAGUGGAGAGGGGAACUUCAUUGACAGAGUAGUAGCAGCAAUGUUAGCAGAGAUGGAUGGUAUAGAACCACUAGAAGGAGUAUACUUAUUAGGGGCUACCAAUAGGCCUGAUGUAAUUGACCCAGCAAUAAUGCGACCGGGGAGAUUUGACAAAGUCGUUUAUGUGGGUGUACCUUCACCUGAAGAUCGGGUGGAGAUUCUAAAAACCCUAUCCAGAGAUCAUAAGCUUGCUCCAGAUGUGGACCUGGAAGAUAUAGGAAGAUCAGAAAAGUUGUCGGGUUGUACUGGAGCAGACCUUAAACAUUUUUUACAUGAAGUCAAAGGGAACUGUUUGGACAGAAACUCAACUUUCGUUAUUAUUAAAGAGGAUUUCGAGAAGGCUCUGAAGGAUAUCAGCCCUUCUGUUUCUCAAGAGGUGUUACAAUGCUAUGGCAAAAUAAGAGAACAAUAUUGUAAAAAUUCCUGAAAAUAGUUUUAUUUUUAUUUUUUAUUUAAUAAAUACAUAUUUUAAAGAUUU